UGCCUUAUCACAAAACUACGAACAAUGUAUAUAAAGGAUCUGUUAAGAGUGGAAAUAGAAGAAAAAUGAAGUCAGAAACAAGUCUAUGUUUCGGCAUUAUAAUUUCGAUUUUCUGUUUCGGAGUUCGCAUUGAUGCCACCACUAAAUCUGUUCAAGACACAAAUGAUUUUAAUAACGAAAAGUUCGAGUUACUUUUAAAACGACUUGAACAUGUGGAACGCCGGAAUGACGAAAUGGAAAGAAGAAUGGAAAUAAUGGCUGCAGACUUCCGUGAAAAAGAAAACGCUCUGAACGAUCGCAUUUCGGAACUAGAAAAACUAAAAAAUCCCAGAAACAGUGAUAAUGACAAUCACGUGACUAACGAACGCUUUGUCAACGCGCUUGAUGAUAGUGACAAUGUAACAGAUGAAACAGGCGGUAGAGAUGCAGUGCAGAAACAAACACGUACAAUUAUAUCAGGUUCAAGACUUGUGCGUUCUGUGAACUCGGAGGUAGCGUUCUUAGCCACGGUCACCCCACAUGACAUUGGCAAUUUAGGCGUAAACCAAACCAUUGUUUUUGAUCACACCUUUACCAACACAGGCAACGCCUUCGAUAACAUUCAAGGCAUAUUCAAGGCACCUGUUGCAGGCACAUAUGUAUUGUGCGCCACGGUUGCUGGGGAAUCUUCCGGCGGUGAACAGAUUUACUACGCUCAUUUUGACGUAAAUGGGAAAUAUGUUGCUAACUUCAUCGCACAUCCCUAUCAACAAUCCACACAAAUGAUAAUAGUUCAACUCAAAGCCGGUGACGAUGUAUCCGUGAAAAACAGCUGGGCGGACUCAAAAAUUCUAGGGGCGAUAUAUACGUCAUUUUCCGGAUUUUUACUGUAUCAGGAUCCAUAAAUAUAGAAAGAAAAUAAAAAAAACAACAACAU